AUGAAUUACCAGGAUCAUUUGACUAAGUACGUAAUAUUGAAACCCUUAAAAUCAAAACGCGUUGAAGAAAUCGCUUAUAAUCUUAUCGAUAUUUAUACGUUAUUUGGGGCACCUGAAAUAUUGCAAUCCGAUAACGGGAGAGAAUUCGUUAAUUCGGUGAUUAAUGAACUUCAUAUAAUGUGGAAUGAAGUCAAAAUCGUUCACGGAAAGCCAAGACAUAGUCAAAGUCAAGGGUCAGUUGAACGAGCCAAUAGAGACGUCCAAGAAAUGCUAGCUGCUUGGAUGGGUGAUAAUAAUAGUUCCGAUUGGCCAUCCGCAUUAAGAUUUAUUCACUUAAAAAAAAAUAGAGCUUUUCAUUCAGGUACUAUUAAGUAUUAA